CAAAUUAAAUUGAUAUAUUUUAGCACAGCACAAGAAAAGAAGAAUAUUUAAUAAUUUUGCCAAAAUAAAAAUUAGGCUAGCAUGUUUUCAAUGUGUGCCUUUCACUUGUGAAUUUGUGUUAAUUGUAUAUGUACAUAUAUAUCUAAUGUUGAAAAUAUAUUGUAAACUAUAUUUUUAUUGACAAUAUUCCUAUCCAAUAUGAUUAAUAGUUUAAACAUUCUUUCAGCUAAAAAUAUUGUGCUUUAAUUGCAACCUUCAAUUGUACAUUAGAUACUGUAUAUCCAUAAUUAUUUUAUAAUUAUUUUAUAAUUAUGGAUAUAAUCUUUUUUUUCUACGAAGAGAAACAUGUUUUACGAAAAUAAACGUAAAUACAUAUCUAUUAAAGAAACGUUUGGAAAGGCGCGUACAAAUUUCAACUUAAGUGUACACAAAAUGCAGGUCUGCUUCUAAUCACAUACAAGCCUAUAAGCUGUUAUCUGUAUUAAGAUGAUAUUUGCUGAGAAUAAUUCUAUGUUAUGAUAAUUGACAACAGGUGCCUUUGCUGUUCUUAAUGAGAAGACAUCAUUAUAGUCAUCAUAGUGAAAAGGUGUUUGACAGAGGAAGAGAUCUUAAAUUCAAGCAAAAUACUUAUAUGCUUUUUCUUUUUAAAUACACUUACAUAAUGUGUGUAAAAAUAAUUUAUUAAAUUAUAUAAACAUACAAUUGUUUAUAUUGAUGUUAAAUGUACUAUUACAAACAAUUGAAUCUACCCAAACUUCGUUAAAAGACGAACUCAGAAAUUUAACAUGUCCAUUACCACUGAAAACUUUGGAUUUUAUUUACAACUUCACGCAACCAGACUUGGAAAUUAUAUGGCCUUGUGAAGUUCGUUUUUACUGGUUAUCGUUACAACCAUUUGUUAAAUUUGUACGUUUUCUACUUGGCUAUAUAACGCCGUUUAUUAUAAUUCUUGGUGUAAUAUUAAAUACAAUUUCUUUUGGGAUGCUAAGUACUCCUAUACUUUGCGAAUCGAAUUUAUCUCUUUAUUUAAAAGCGCUUGCGUUAUCUGAUAACGGAGCGCUAGUUUUUAAUUAUGCUGUAGGUCUUGCUAAAUCAAACUUUACGUUUGUUAAUAAUCUUUUCAUGAAUAAUAGGUUCCUGUGUAGUUUAAAUUCUGUUAGUAUGGAAUUCUUCCAAUUUACAUCUACUUGGUUGGUUGUGGCUCUCACCUGGAGACGAGUCGCUAUUAUGUUUCCUUUUGGAAUACGUAGUUGUUGUAGUAAUUGCUCUGAAAUAAUAACUAUUACAAUUUUAAUAUCCGUCAGUUUUAUCAUAUCAUUAACAAAGUUAUACUCAGGAGGAUACGAAACGGAUAGUGUUUUCGAAUUUAUUCCAUGUCAAAAGAAAAUAAAACCAUGGGGUAGUGCUAUGUAUUUCUACAUUGCUUUAUCAACAUGGUUGCCAUUACUUUUCAUAUUUAUUGGAAAUAUUUUACUUAUCUUACACAUGAAGAAAACUGAGAAAAUUCAUUGUCAGUUAACUCAAAAUUUCAGACAUAAAACAAAUAGAACACAUCAUACUUCCAGAACAUUACUUGUUGUGUCAACCGUUUAUUUAAUAUUACUGUUACCCCUUGGCAUAGUUGAAACUUUGGAACUCUAUUGGGAUAUUAUCCUGAUUAAAUUUCCUGCUACUGAAACAAAGGAAAAAGCAGAAUAUGUACAUUGGUUGAAAGAGAAAAUGUUGUUGAAAUGGUGUCGCGGCUUAUGUUUUCACGUAUACCACUGGAAUUUUGCAGUUAAUUUCUUUUUAUACUACUUAACAGGUGAAAAAUUUAAAAAAGCUGUGAUACAGACACUAAGUCGUUACAAAGACGUAAUACAAUGGUGUCUCGCUAAUGGUCCAGGAUUUCGUCCGGUUAACAGUCCAUCGCUAUCUCCACCAAUUCUUGGAACUGAUAUUGUGGAAUAAUCCACAUCAGUGUUAAAUAUCUAAAAUUUAAAGUAAAUAAAUUUAACCGGCAUCUGCUCUCCGGAUAACAAUCCCAUUCUUGGACGUUUAAUACAGCACUACUGUAUUUUCAGUAUAUUCCGAAUACAUUAACAAAUGUAUAUUUAAUUACAAAUAUUCUACACAUUUAAAAUCAGUACAGUCAUCAAUUAUUUAUGACAAGAGCUAUCACGCUUAACGAGCAAACAAUUGCUGAUAGUAUUUCUGCGUAUAAUAUCAUGUUACGAAUACUUACAAUUAGUA